CCAGGGUCCUGGAGCCAGUCACAUUCAAGGAUGUGUCUGUGGACUUCACCGAGGAGUGGGGCUGCCUUGGCCCUGCUCGGAGGAAGCUGUGCAGAGGUGUGAUGUGGAAACUACAGGAACUCGGCCUCAGAAACUUGAAUGAAAAUUCUGUGGAGCAUCUUCAAGAGAAAAGACUUCAGGAUCUGUCAUAUGAGCUUUCCUGCUGGCUAACUCUGGAAGAGAUGGCCAGCACAACAACCGGAAGUCAGGAUGGUGUUGUGAAUCUUCAAGGGGAAGUGUAUGGGGAGCCUGAACUAGAUCUCCCCGCUUGUCAAAAGGGGGGAGAAGCAUCUUCUCAUAUUUCCAGAAAGAACAGUGUGGCGACUCUUCAAAGUGAUGAUUUCAAAAACACUGAAAGUGAAAAAUAUUUGUCUUUGAAAGUCCCAAGCCAGACGGCCACACAAGACUCAUCAGUGAAGGUCUGUAAGGACGAGCGUCAGGAUGCUCGGGAAAGCACGUGUCUCUCUUUAACUGAAGAAAGCACUGAGAGCAAGGCAACGAGCGGGGGAAGUUCUCCCGUGGACCACUGUGCAGAGAACCUUCAAGUUAAACCUGUGUCUGAUACAACAGAACUGGCCUCACCAUUGUCCAGUCGUGAAGGAACUUGCCAGAAUGGCCAGCUGAAAGAAUCUUUGGAUCCCUUUGACUGUAACUGCAAAGACAUUUAUGGGCAGAAAUCACAGCUGGUCAGUUGUAGUCAGCAGAGAGCUCCUACGGAGGAGAAACCCUGUAACCGUAAUGACCAUAGGGAAAUACUUACCCCCGGCCGAGGUGCUUAUGCAUAUGAGAAAGUCCACACUGCAGAGAAACUGUACAGAUGUGGCCAGUGUGGUAAGGACUUCAGUCAAAGCUCAGAGCUGCUGCUUCAUCAGAAAGACCACGCGGAAGAAAAGCCCUACAAGUGUGGACAGUGUGGGAAGGGCUUCACCAGGAGCUCGAGUCUGCUCGUCCAUCAAGCAGUCCACACGGAUGAGAAACCCUAUAAGUGUGACAAGUGUGGGAAGGGCUUCACCAGGAGCUCAAGUCUGCUCAUUCAUCAUGCAGUCCAUACAGGCGAGAAGCCUUAUAAAUGUGACAGAUGUGGGAAGGGCUUUAGUCAGAGCUCCAAACUGCACAUCCACCAGCGAGUGCACACUGGGGAGAAGCCCUAUGAGUGUGGGGAGUGCGGUAUGAGCUUCAGUCAGCGCUCGAACCUGCACAUCCACCAGCGCGUCCACACAGGAGAGAGGCCCUACAAGUGUGGCGAAUGCGGGAAGGGCUUCAGUCAGAGCUCGAACCUCCACAUUCACCGGUGCAUCCACACAGGAGAGAAACCUUACCAGUGCUAUGAGUGUGGGAAGGGCUUCAGCCAGAGCUCAGAUCUUCGCAUCCAUCUCAGAGUCCACACUGGGGAGAAGCCCUAUCACUGCGGCAAGUGUGGGAAGGGAUUCAGCCAGAGUUCCAAACUCCUCAUCCACCAGAGGGUACAUACUGGAGAGAAGCCCUAUGAGUGCAGCAAGUGCGGAAAGGGCUUCAGCCAGAGCUCCAACCUGCACAUCCACCAGCGGGUUCACAGGAGAGAUCCCCAUUAAGUGACGUGAGCCACUCAGGUCUUCAGAGGGCUCGUACUGUUAAAACUGUCACGUAUUUUUUAACAUCACUCUUUAUAUUCUACAAAGGAGAGAUGUGAUAAGGGUUGUUGAGAUAUGUUCCCUCACUGAAAAAUCAUUCAUUCAUUUAAAGUAUUUACGUAUCAAGCACUUUGUUAUGCUAUACAAUGAAUGACUUGUUCUGAUUUCUUAGAUGGGUAGAGUGAAAACAUCUGUACUUUGCAAUUCAGUCAGUGUUAUUAAAACUACAUAUUCUACCCGGCAUUUUUAAUUGCAAGAACUUUGUAUUUGUCGAACCAUGGCAUGUGUCCCUUUGUUCACAUUCUCUUAGAAAUCGAAACUCUGGUUUUUCUUCAAA